GGUCCCGCGCGGGGUGUUAACCGCCGGUUUCAGUGGGAGGCGUUUCGCCGCUUCCUCUCCUUGGCGUACACACCCCCGGCACACCACGUGGGCGUGAGGCGAAGAAGGAGGGGGUGUUAGGCCGAAUUCUCGCCUCAUUGGCUGUCUCUGCUGCCGGCUCUCUCAAGAAAGCUCUCUGAUUGGUCGCCAAAGAAGUGACAGGAGGAGCCCCUGCUCAGGACCUAAGGAUGCUGUGAGUAGAAGAUGGGAUCAAGGAACAGCAGCAGCGCGGGAUCCGGGUCUGGAGACCCCUCCGAGGGCUUGUCCCGCAGAGGAGCUGGCCUGCGUCGGGGUGAGGAAGAGGAAGAGGAGGAUGAAGAUGUGGAUCUGGCCCAGGUACUGGCCUAUCUCCUCCGCAGAGGCCAAGUGAGGUUGGUGCAGGGAGGAGGUGCAGCAAAUUUACAACUCAUCCAGGCCCUCUCGGACUCGGAGGAAGAGCAUGACAGUGCCUGGGAUGGCCGUCUUGGGGAUCGAUACAACCCACCUGUGGACGCAACCCCCGACACCCAGGAGCUGGAAUGUAAUGAGAUCAAGACGCAAGUGGAGUUGGCCACAGGACGGCUAGGGAUUAGGCGGGCAGCCCAGGAGCACAGCUUUCCUCGAAUGUUGUAUCAGAGAGAACGGGGCCUCUGCCAUCGGGGAAGCUUCUCCCUUGGAGAACAGUCUCGAGUGAUGUCUCACUUCUUGCCCAAUGACCUGGGCUUCACUGAUACCUACUCUCAGAAGGCUUUCUGUGGCAUCUACAGCAAAGAUGGUCAAAUCUUCAUGUCUGCUUGCCAAGACCAGACAAUCAGACUGUAUGACUGCCGGUAUGGCCGCUUCCACAAAUUCAAGAGCAUCAAGGCCCGGGAUGUAGGCUGGAGUGUCCUGGAUGUGGCCUUCACCCCUGAUGGCAGCCACUUCCUGUAUUCCAGCUGGUCUGAUUACAUUCAUAUAUGCAACAUCUACGGGGAAGGAGACACACACACUGCCCUGGAUCUAAGGCCAGAUGAGCGUCGCUUUGCUGUAUUCUCCAUUGCUGUCUCCUCAGAUGGACGAGAAGUACUAGGAGGGGCCAAUGAUGGCUGCCUGUAUGUUUUUGACCGAGAACAAAACCGACGCACCCUGCAGAUUGAAUCUCAUGAGGAUGAUGUGAAUGCAGUGGCCUUUGCUGAUAUAAGCUCCCAAAUCCUGUUUUCUGGGGGAGAUGAUGCCAUCUGCAAGGUGUGGGAUCGACGCACCAUGCGGGAGGAUGACCCAAAGCCUGUGGGUGCACUGGCUGGCCACCAGGAUGGCAUCACCUUCAUUGACAGCAAGGGCGAUGCUCGGUAUCUCAUCUCCAACUCCAAAGACCAGACCAUCAAGCUCUGGGAUAUCCGACGCUUUUCUAGCCGAGAGGGCAUGGAAGCCUCACGCCACGCUGCCACACAGCAAACGUGGGACUAUCGCUGGCAGCAGGUGCCCAAAAAAGCCUGGCGGAAGCUGAAGCUCCCAGGGGACAGUUCCUUGAUGACCUACCGGGGCCAUGGGGUGCUGCACACCCUCAUCCGCUGCCGAUUCUCCCCUACGCACAGUACGGGCCAGCAGUUCAUUUACAGUGGCUGCUCCACUGGCAAAGUGGUUGUGUAUGACCUGCUCAGUGGCCACAUUGUGAAGAAGCUGACCAACCACAAGGCCUGUGUGCGUGAUGUCAGCUGGCACCCCUUUGAAGAGAAGAUUGUCAGCAGUUCGUGGGACGGGAGCCUGCGUCUGUGGCAGUACCGCCAGGCUGAGUACUUCCAGGAUGACAUGCCAGAGUCUGAGGAAUGCUCCAGUCCCCCCACCCGCCCCUCUACGGCCUUUUCCUCACCCCAGUAGACCCUUCUGACCUUUAGUCUAUUACAGGGUGAACCUCUCACCAAGUUCUCUGGCUCCUCCCCGCUUUCCUUUCUGGGGAACAUGUGGAGGAGUCACUGGCACUGGAUGGCAUGAAACAGCAGCCCAAGCUCUGGGCCCCAGAUGAGCCCUGGAGGAUCCACUCCGUGGGCUGACUAGUUUCCUCAUGCAUUCACACCCGCUCUGCUUGGGUCCCUAUCUCUGACCCGGGUCUGGCAGGACUGCCAUUAUCUCAGGUGUGGCCUCUGCCAGCAAGAGAACUAUCCUGAGUGUUUUUAAUCAUGUUUGUAUGUGAGGUGUUGGCUCCUAGAGUAGACACCUGAGGUCAGGUCUGAGUGACCAGGUUGUCACACUGAGGAUUAGAUUGGCCCAUCAGAGGGCUAAGUGUCCUGGCCUUGCUUUCUGAGGCCUUGAGGAAGGGCAGGGUGAGUAGAGGUAUCUCCUCACCACCCUCCUGGGGUGGGGAUAAGGUCUCCCAUUACCAUGCCUGGAUCACUGGGGUUGGACAGGCUGUGCUGUGAAGGGCAGGAGUCUGCAAAGCUGUGUGUGGCACCACACAGGCCAGGUCCUAGCUUCCCAGAGGCUCCUGUCAUGCUGGAGGCCAGUAGCUUCAAGGGCAGAGGUUGAAGUAGGACUCCCUUGUCCUCUCACUGGCGUUGGCUCCCUCAAUAAACUCUCUGUGGGAACCUGG